AUGUUAAAUAUUAUUAUUGCACUAAGUGCGAUAUUCGUCGCAAGUGACGCAACAAGUAGUUGCCAUGAAGUGCAACAAUCGCACUUGGCCUCUCUUCACGAACGCAUGAAUCACAUGCUUAGCACACUAUACUCGUCACCAUUAUUCCCAAAGACUCCACCAACAACAACUACACCACCCAGUACCUCAACCCCGGAAUUAUCUUCACCUCAAGAACCAUCACAUUAUUCUUAUCCGCCACCAGUGGUCUACAUCCCAUCGCCAGCCACAUAUUACGGGAAUGAACCAGUAGUUCAACCUGAGUUUUCCCAACCAUGGACCUACGAACAAUACUACCAGUAUUACAAUCCACCCACCCCUGUACCUGCUCCUGCCCCACCGAUACCACCUACUCCUGUCACUUAUCCCUAUCCACCUCCAACUUAUGAUUAUUCCUCUAUCCAUCCUCCAGAAUAUCCCUCCUAUAGACCUCCAUACCCCUAUCCAAACUACCCCCCUGCAACGUACCCGCCGGCUACGUACCCCCCUGCAACCUACCCCCCUGCAACGUACCCCCCUCCAACUUAUCCACAUUAUCAACGGCCCUAUGAAUAUCCGCCUCCUCAUUAUACCUUGUAA